AGAGCCUAGAUUAUGUUUCGUUUCUCCGCUUUGGUCCUGCGGCAGGGAUAAGUGUAAGUUAAUUGUGUAUGUAGUUUUCAAACUUCGAACUGCUUUAAGUGUUUUGCUACUUAAACGAGACACUUUAAGACUUGAAAGAAAACUACGAAACUCGUCUUUCGGUCGGAAGCACAUGCAUAUAGUCCUCCGCAGCGUUGCGUGUUUACAUAGGCAGAGGUGUUCACGGGUUUUACUACUGAAUCCAGUCAGCAAACAGGAUCUAAACACAAUGUUUUCAGUGUCUUCUGAAAGCCAAGCACCAUCAUUCACUUAUAAAAUGCAGCGUUCAGAAUACAGCUGGACAUUGAAGUAUGUCACCGGCGACCUGUUUUCCUGCCCACGGGAUGAAUCCUUGGCCCACUGCAUCAGUGAGGACAUCCGCAUGGGGGCAGGGAUAGCAACGAUGUUCAAGAAAAGGUUCGGCGAAGUGUCGACGUUAAAGAAGCAGAAGAAGGUGCCAGGACAAUGUGCUGUCCUGGCAUGUGAUCAACGUUUCAUCUAUUAUCUGAUCACAAAGAAAAGAGCCAGCCAGAAACCCACAUAUGACAACCUGAGAAAGAGUCUUGAAGACAUGAAGUCUCAUUGCUUACAGAAUGGUGUCAAUAGGAUAUCAAUACCUCGAAUUGGGUGUGGCCUGGACCGACUGGAGUGGUCAAAGGUGUCAAGGAUCCUGGAGCAAGUCUUUAAAGAGACGGAUAUCUCCAUAACAGUGUACAGUCUGCCCAGGAAAGCAGAGACCACAGUGAUGAAGGAAAAUAUGCGAUGAU